AUGAUGAUGGAGAGUCAGGGGCUCGGUUGCCCUGGUAACUGUCUCCCUGGUGACAGCCGCCGCCUGGCGGUGCGGUCCUCCCGGUCGGGUCCUCCGCCGUCCCGGCGUCCCUCACUGCGCUCCAACAUGGCGGCGCCCAGUCAGGCGGAGGAGCCGCCGCCGCCGCCGCCGCCGCCCGCGCUCAGACCGCGCUUCGGCUCCCGCUUCCUGACCGAACCGGGACAAGUCUUUCAGCACAACGCCUGGGAUAACGUGGAGUGGUCUGAGGAACAGGAAGCUGCCGCAAGGAAGAAGGUGGAGGAAAGUUGCAGCCAGCUUGUACCGUCAGAGAAGCGAGAGGACUACGAGAACAAAGCGAAUAGCUACUGGAACGACUUUUAUAAAAUCCACGACAACCGCUUUUUCAAGGACCGUCACUGGCUGUUCACGGAGUUUCCUGAGCUCGUUCCCAACUGUAAACAGUCGCUGGUGGAUAAAUCCCAACCUCAAGCAACGGCUCCAGAUUCGUGCGAGGACACCGAAUCCAAGGGUUGUAAGGAUGAUCGCUGCCCAUCACAGACAUGCCUGGGAAAAGCCCGUUUGUCCCUCCAGAAACAGGACCUACAGACAGAGGCAGACAGUGAGGGAGAUGGUUGUACAGCAGACAGACUCACAGAUGCUUUUUUGAGCAGGAGUUCUCUGGAAGAAACAGAGCCGAGUGAGACAAACAUAAACUAUCCAGGAUUCUCUGCAACGUUCCGUAUACUUGAGGUCGGCUGUGGAGCUGGAAAUACCGUGUUUCCCAUUUUGAAAACUAACAAUGACCCUGCCAUGUUUGUUUACUGCUGCGAUUUCUCCAGCACUGCAGUGGAAAUCGUGAAGAUGCACCCUGAUUACAACCCCUCUCGCUGCUUUGCUUUCGUCCACGAUCUGUGUGACGAGUCAGACAGGUAUCCGGUGCCAGACAACAGCCUGGACAUCAUCAUCCUUAUAUUUGUGCUGUCAGCCAUACAUCCAGACAAAAUGCAAGCUGUUAUUAGUGGAUUGAAUCGACUUCUAAAGCCAGGAGGGAUGAUUCUGUUCAGGGACUACGGACGUUAUGAUCUGGCGCAGCUACGAUUUAAAAAAGGUCGCUGUUUGUCUGAGAAUUUCUACGUUCGAGGAGAUGGGACCAGAGUCUAUUUUUUCACACAAGAGGGCUUGGAGGAGCUGUUCACCUCGGCUGGGAUGGAGAAAGUCCAGAACCUCGUCGACCGUCGGCUGCAAGUCAACCGCGGGAAACAGCUGACCAUGUACCGCGUGUGGAUCCAGUGCAAAUAUCGCAAACCCCUCGAGGCAGAGAGUUGAGUGCGGAGUGAGGCUUCACUGUCUCAGUGUGAGUGUGGAUCCAGCCCUCGCAGCUCACAGACGAGUUAUUUUCCAAAUGAUUAUUGGUUUCAUUGAAUUUUAAAUAGAUUUUUCAGUGAC